GAUAGCUGCAGCAGUCUUGUUGACUCACAGAAGCCGUGUUCAUGCAAGAGCCAGCAAUGAGCAGCAUUUUUCAGAGAUUUUAAGAGCGCAMCUCUUGUUAUGUCUUUCACAUUCUAGCUUGCUGGGGCUGAAGGUGAAUGAAAGUUUUACGUUUUGAAGAUAUUGCAAAAGAUAGUUSCUCCUCUCAUCCUGGAAAAUCCUGACAGACCAGUUGGAUACCUUUCAGGCCUUAACCAAGAACUUAUCUUCUCAUCCCACUGUCUUUUUUACAGUAGAAAGACCUGAGACACCAUUAAGGACUGAGAAUCUGACUAAUUUAAACAGAUGGCUAAUCCCAGUGCUGUCUGCAAUGGACAUCUACAUCAUCAUCAUCAUCAGAAACACCAGAAUAACCUCUUAAAAAGUGGAAUAACUAAGAAAAAUGGGAUCACUAAAGGAAUCAAGAAUGGCGUAUCAAACGGAACUCUCAACAAAAAAGCAUUUAUUGAGCACUUUGAACAGGCGCCAAUGUAYGUCGCGGUUUUUACUUUCGUGGGGUUUGCAGUGGGAACAAUAUUUGGCUACCUGCGAGAUUUUAUGAGAGCCUGGGGACUAGAAAAACGUAACAUUGCUGCGGAGAGAGAACAACAAAAAGAUUUUGUGCCACUUUAUCAAGAUUUUGAGAACUUUUACACCAGAAACCUCUAUUUGAGGAUACGGGAUAACUGGAAUCGUCCAAUUUGCAGUGUCCCAGGGCCACAGUUUGACCUGAUGGAGCGCGUUACAGAUGAUUACAACUGGACAUUUAGGUUUACAGGAAGGACUAUCAAGAAUGUAAUCAAUAUGGGUUCUUAUAACUACCUCGGCUUUGCAGAAACAGAUGUUAAUGCUUUGAAAACUGUGACCAUAGAGUUAGAAAAAUACGGGACAGGAGUCUGCAGUACCAGGCAAGAAAUGGGCACCCUAGACAAACAUGUAGAACUAGAGAAACUYGUGGCCAAGUUCCUUGGUGUGGAGGAUGCUAUGGUGUUUGGCAUGGGCUUUGCAACUAACUCGAUGAAUAUUCCAGCCCUUGUUGGAAAGGGCUGCCUCAUUUUAAGUGAUGAGUUGAACCACACUUCUCUCGUUCUCGGUGCGAGGCUCUCAGGUGCCACUAUUAGAAUCUUCAAGCAUAAUAAUAUGCAGAGCCUUGAAAAGUUGCUGAGAGAUGCAAUAGUAUAUGGACAGCCUCGCACCCACAGAGCAUGGAGAAAAAUUAUCAUCCUUGUGGAGGGCAUUUACAGCAUGGAAGGGUCCAUCGUGCGCCUGCCAGAGAUAGUCUCCUUGAAGAACAAAUACAAAGCCUACCUCUACUUGGACGAAGCUCACAGCAUCGGUGCAGUGGGAGCAACGGGCCGWGGAGUUGUGGAAUAUUUCGGAAUGAGUCCCGAUGAUGUCGACGUGUUAAUGGGAACGUUCACAAAGAGCUUCGGCGCAGCUGGAGGAUACAUAGCUGGCAAAAAGGGCCUCGUGGACUUUUUACGAACUCAUUCUCACAGCGCUGUGUACGCCACAUCCAUGUGUCCCCCCGUAGCAGAGCAAAUCAUCAGGGCAAUGAAAUGUCUCAUGGGACUGGACGGGACAACACAAGGGCUCCAAAGAGUGCGUCAGCUGGAGAAAAACACAAGAUACUUCAGACGAAAACUGCAUGAAAUGGGCUUCAUCAUUUAUGGCAAUGAUGAUUCUCCUGUGGUCCCCUUGCUGCUUUAUAUGCCUGGUAAGAUAGGGGCUUUUGCAAGACGCAUGUUAGAAAGAAAUAUCGGGGUGGUCGUGGUUGGGUUUCCAGCUACUCCUAUCACAGAAUCCAGAGCUCGGUUUUGUGUGUCAGCUGCACAUACACGGGAGAUGUUAGACACGGUUUUGAAUGCUCUGGAUGAAYUGGGUGAUUUUCUACAGCUGAAAUAUUCCCGGUAUUCCAAGUCAGCUCAUCCUGAACUGUAUGAAGAAUCUAUGCUUGAACUUGAAGAUUAAGUUUUCYACCCAUGAAGAGAACAUUGUGAUGCUAUGAAAGGGCGGAAAACCCGAAAACUAAACAAUACGAAUGCAUUUCUUCCCUUCUAAGGACAAUUUUUAUUUCUCAGUUAAUUGAAAGGAGGGGAAGCUUGGGUGUUGCAUCAUGUUGUAUCAAAUUUCUGUGUUCAAGAGACUGAAAUAUUGAUACAGAUUUGCCUCCCCAGGAGAUCUGUCCUUCUUACGGUAUUUUUGAUGCAGAAUGAAUGCAUCCGUUGAUCCACUUGCUAACGUACAGCUUUUGAUAUGGCCCCUUUUUUAUGAAGAGGCUUUAUAUAGUCUUAAUUGUGACUGAAAUAAUAAAGUUUAAAAACUUAAUAGAUUCCAGUGUAAUAUAGCUGAGCUUCAUCGGUGAGAUUGACUUUUGUCGGUUAAAGUGCAUAAAUCAAGAUGCCAGUGUGGACAGCUACAAAGGAAUGAGCAGAAGUGACCUCUUUWACUAAGUUGCACUACCAUGCAUUUCUCCAAGGCCAGAAAAUGUUGGAAAAGGGCUAAUGCUGAGAACAAGAAAAGUAGCCUGAUGAGAUUGKGUAUUUCUGACAGGAUGCUAUGGGAGAGGGAAAAUUACUCCUCCCCUCCACAAACAUUUUUUCAGCCUCUUAAAUGCACUCUAAGCUUCRAACUGCACAAAAAUUUGGGCUUAGACAUAAACAGAAAUGCUUUUCUGCCAACACAUUUGACCUGCAGCCUAUCACAUCUUAUCACUACCUGAGUUCUUCAGCAGGCUUGCUCCCUUUUUGUGGAGCAGUAGUAAAUAAUUUUAAUAACAAUUUAACUUUCCCGUAAAAACCUUGAUCAAAACAGUCAGAUACUUGCMGUUCACAAACUGCAGAUGACAUUUAUGGUCCCAUUCCUAAGUUUCUUGAACUACUUAUGGGCCUAAUAAAUUCUCUAACAAGUAUAUAAUGCUGAAGUUGUUUGUUAUACAGAAUGUGAAGUUCAAGAUACCACAAGCAGUUCUGCCACCUGUUAAAUAGAAAACUCCACCAUUUCUAUCCAUGCUACAAUCAUCCAUGUAAUAACAUUUCUUGAAACAUUUUUGUCUGUUUUAUGCUUCUCAGGGGUUGUUCUGUCCAGGGUUUUUUUUUUUUUUUAGUCAUUUGUUUUUCAAAUAAUUAUUAUAUCAUCUGAGGAGGAAGAUGCCCUUGUCCCCUUGUCCACUGCCAGUGUGACAAAUGCUCGAAGUUUCCUGAAGGAAUUGUUCCAGCUGGCAGUUUCCCUGCAAUGCCAGCACCAUUAUCGUCAAGCCUGUGUGGGCUGAGUUGCUGGAAGGAGAUUGGAGGCUUUUCCCCYYUUUUUUUUUUUUUUUUUUACAGCGUUGAAAAGCAGUUCUUUAGCUUUAAGAAUGAACUCCAAACAAUUCCACGCUAUCAAAUGUCAUUGUAAACACAUCAGAUGAGAGAUGUUUAGCUUUCUGUUGCACAGAUGUACCACACUUUCAUGUUCUCUUGAAAGCUGUGGUGUAAACUUAACCCACAGCUGCAAUAUUAGAUUUAAGAACAGAACAAUUAAAUUGCAGCGUACCAAUUACACUAUAUUACUCCCUGCUUGUUAAAGCAGCUUUCAGGAUAUAACAAGGCUGACUSAUUAUGAGGGCCCAUUUUUUGUUGGAUUUUUGUUGUCGUUGUUGUGCAAGUUAAUAAAAAUCCAGUGGUGCUAUAACUUUGAGAAUUGAUUACAACACAUUCCAUAAUAUCAAAUGCCGGCUUUAGGCUUUAGGAAAUGCAUAUAAAGGGCUGGGGGAGGACUAAGGGGUGUGUCAUGGGAUUCUUCACUGUGGUAGAUGGGCUUGAAAAGCACCGCAGAGGUUCAAGGGARCUGUGUUUGUGGAUAAGAGCAAACUCGCUGUAUAAAUAUUUAAAUACUCAAGCACAGGACAAGGAGAACUUGGGAAACAUGAACUUUGUCUUGGAGUCACCUGGCAGUUCGUGGUGCACAGUUUUGUUAUAUGCAGGCUGAGUGCACUUACUGUGGAAGGAGAUGGGUUGAGGAAUUUCUGCAAGCCGUUCCUUGAGGGAAAGUACUGAAUUUGAUGUAUUGCUUUUUGAUCUCUCCUGCCGAACAUCUGUGGCCAGAUCCUCAGCUGACUUCUGACCUUCCAUCUUGGGCUAUAGAGCCAUAGUUUAUAUUCAGCAAACAUUAUUACACGUGCUGGUGCAGGCAACACACUAUUUCCCUCAAAGGGAGGCCUGAGAUUCAUUAAACUACAGAGUGAUCACUUUUUGUACCGCRAUAGGGGAAGGUUUUUGGUCUAAAGCUGAAUUCUUCCUGCCCUCAGAACAUUACUCUCACUCAUAUUAAGGAGACAGGACAGCUAUUUUUUUAGAGACUGUCAGUUGAUUUAUUAUGUGUUCUCUUCUGAUUUCUUCCAUCCCUUACACAUCAGAGAAAGUACAGACUGACUACCCCUGGGCUUGGGGAACAGUUAGGGAGAAAUCCCUGUGC